CACCCCGAACUUUUUUCUCCUUCCUCUCACCCAGCGUCGGUAGAGGUGGGUCUGGAGCAGCAGUCAUUCACCACAUACGAGGGAGCAGGCAGUACUGAGGUGUGUGUGAGGAUAGAGAGAGGGGGUUUCCCCACCACCCAGCCGUUCAGUCUCCUCGUCUCCACGCAGGACGCCAGUGCCACUGCCCCCUCUGACUAUCUCGCUCUCUCUGAUGUCAUCAUCGGUCCCUUCACCGCCAGCAACACCGUCCAGUGUUUCUCCGUUACCAUAGUGAGAGACGCCGUGUGCGAGGGAGAGGUUGACGAGGAGGGGUAUCCCCGUCCGGAGGUGUUCAGUGCCAUCGUCAGGAGCGAGGAAGGAUCCAGUGUAGAGGUCAGGGGGUCGAGCAGCGUUGCCACUAUCACCAUUGAGGAGGCAGCUGAGUGCAUUCCAGUGGUGGUGGGGUUCGAUCAGGUCAGCUACACCGCCAGAGAGACUGACGAACCUCUCGGCGUUGUGGUUAACGUGUCGUCACCAGUCGUCCUCAGGAGGAACGUGACAAUCACAGUCCAGACUGUACCUGGAACUGCCACUCCCAACGUGGACUACCUUGCCUCGUCUCUGACAGUCCAACUCUCCAAUAAUCAGAGGACCUUGCCUCUCUCACUCCUGAUAGCCGACGACGGGAUCUGCGACAGCUCGCCGCGCGAGACUCUCCAGAUAAGACUGAGUUCCUCUGACCCCAAUGUCACCCUGUCGCCUGGUGUCGCUUCCGUCACCAUCCUGGACUCUCCUCCGUGUGUUCCAGGGACAGUCAGGUUUCAGCAGACGUCAUUUGUGUCGUCGGAGGAGGUGGGCUGGGCUGUCGUGUGUGCCUCGUUCUCUAGCCCUCCAUCUUCCUCCUCUUCCUCCUUCUCUCUCACCCUCUCCACCUAUGACAUCACUGCCCGUGCAGGAGAAGACUAUGUGUCCGUGUCACGUGACCUAUCAUUUGGACCCAACGUCACCCAGCAGUGUCAGCUGCUCCUCCUAGUCCAGGACUCCCGCUGUGAGGCAACCAUGACCGAGAGUUUCGGACUCAAACUCACCAGCACCGAGAACGGGAGAACCGCCAUACAGGACUCUGCAUCCGUCGUCAUUUAUGACUCUCCUGAAUGCAUUACUGUGCGGACGGGGUUUGAGGAGGUGGUCUAUGCUCUGGGAGAGAGCAGUGGCAGUGUCGUGGUGUGUGCUGAGAUCCUGAGUCCUGCCGUGGCAGAGAGGGAGUUCUUCCUCCUCCUCUCUUCUUCCAACAGAGAUGCUGUUGCUGGAGAGGAUUACACUGGACUACAAGAUGUCCCGCUGGGACCAUUCUCUCUGUCUCAGCGACGCAACUGCCUCAGUGUGUCUGUCACCGACGACGGUAUCUGCGAGGAACCUGAAGAGAGCUUUGUUCUGUCUCUCACUACUGACGAUGAGUUCAUCGACAUCAGCAGAGACUCUGUGACAGUCUACAUUGAGGAUGGACUGGAAAUUGAGUGUGUACAGGUCAGCUGUGGUUUCGAAGGCAGCACUAGCUACAUAGUCCAGGAGACUUCUGGUGAAUUUGAAUUGUGCGUCGGCGUUUAUCCGGCUCUUCGGUUCAACUUUACUGUCAACCUCACGACAGUUGACGGAAGUGCUACUAGUGGGUCAGACUAUGCCCCAGUAAGCGAGAUGCUGGAGUUUGCCCCUGGGGUCCAACGUCACUGCGUUUCAAUCACCAUCCUUAACGACCAGGAGUGUGAGGAUGACCCCAACGAGAUGUUCACGUGGUAAUUAGAGGGGUCGACCCCCGAUGUAUCUUGCAGCCUAACUCUGUCAGUGUUACCAUUGACGACCAGGGGCAGUUUGGUGCUCUCUCUGACCCUGACUGCUUUCCACUGGAGAUAUACUUCACGGACGACACUCCACGAGUCAGUGGUGGUGGUAAUGUCGAAAUUGUCUUGUACACCAGGGGGCGGAGUCUGCCUCAGACUAUCUCAUGUGAUCUCUUCAACAGAAGACAUGUCCUCGUACAGACCACUGAUUGUACUGGUGGUCGAGCAGUGUUCUCCAACGUGACCAAAAGAGGCUUCUAUACUGUUAUCUCCACUGUAAUCACGGGUGCUGAAUCAGCAUCGGCCAGUAGAAGAAUAAGAUUGGACCCUGACCCCCUGGCCUGCAGUGUCCACCUCGUCAAUAGGGGACUGGAGUUCAGAACUGGAGGGACUGUGGUUGCUGAGUUUGCUGGUGUCGGACCAGUUGCCAGCUUCACCUGUACCCUGAAUGGUGAUCUCGUGACGGAAUCAUGUACCAGUCCAGUGAGCCUGACUCAACUGGAGCUCCAAGAUUCGUACACAUUCCGAGUCACUCCAGUCGGAGAUGCCUGUACUUCGUCCAAGAAACUGAGAGAAUCUUUUGUCUAUUUCGAACCAUACAGUGGAUGAGGGAAGUAAUGGUGACUUGCUCUGUGUACCUUUUCUUGACGGUAUUUUGAAUUUUUCACUGCUGAUAUAUUGUCGUCAAAAAAGGAUAAAUACACGAUAAAUGUGAAUACAAUAGGAAAUAAAUUGUUUGCUACAUGUAUAUGUACAAGGAGAAUUGUUUGUACACGGGUGAGGUAUUUGUGUUAAAAUUUGCGACGUUUCUUUUUUGGUUGCGGUUGGUGUUG